GGGGGGGCGGGGCCUGAAGUUUGAGGGGCCUGGGGACUGUUGUCGGUCGUUGUGUUCUGAAAAAGAGCUGGUGGAGGGCGGGCGGCUCUCGGUCUGCUUCAGGGUACUGGGGGGCGUUUGCCCCCCCCAACACUUCCCGCGUCUGCCCAUCGAGAAGCGGGCAGCAAGGCACGCGCACCCCAAAUCAGCCUAAUUCGCUCGGGGGUGAUUCUGCUCUGGAGGAAGCCCCAACGAGGCGCUAUGGGGCAGAGUUCCUGGUAAUUCGCAGAAGAAUAAAUGGAUUAACAUGAUAUUUUCCAUGAAUUAAAACAGUUCCAUGUCUUGUUUGGACUGUUCCUGUAUUCUACGGACACGAGUUGAAUCCAUUAGAGUAGAAAAGCAAUUGGAAAACAUCAGUAGUCAAGACUUGACAGAUGAACUUGCUGUAUGUUGGGGUCAAUCAACUCAAAGAGGAGAUGAACAGAUACCAUGGUCCUCUGAUGUAUCACACUAUGAUCUCCAGGUGGAAAUAGGAAAGGGAUGCAACAACUUAACUUCAAUCUACCUCGCCCGUCAUAUCCCAACAGGAACACUGGUGGCUGUAAGAAUUACAGAUCUGGAAAAAUGUUCUGAAGAACUCUUAAAAGCUUUACAAAAUGAGGUGAUAUUAUCCCACUUUUUCCGACAUCCAAAUAUCUUGACUUUUUGGGCAAUGUUUACUGCUGGAAGGUGGCUUUGGGUUAUUUCCCCUUUCAUGGCUUACAAUUCAGCUAGUUGUCUCCUGAGGACUUACUUCCCUGAAGGCAUGAGUGAAGCUUUGAUAGGAAAUAUCCUCUUUGGUGCAAUUAGUGGAUUGAACUAUAUGCAUCAACAUGGUUAUAUUCACAGAAGUAUUAAAGCUAGCCACAUCUUGAUUUCAGGGGAUGGCCUAGUUUAUUUGUCGGGCUUAAAUCACCUCUAUAGUUUAGUCAGCAGUGGACAGCAAUUAAAAGCUGUGUAUGAUUUCCCCCAAUUCAGUACAUCUAUGCUUCCUUGGCUGAGUCCUGAACUACUAAGGCAGGAUAUGCAUGGAUAUAAUGUGAAAUCUGACAUCUAUAGUGUGGGCAUUACAGCUUGUGAACUAGCCAAUGGGCAUGUACCUUUUCAGGAUAUGCCUCGCACACAGAUGCUGUUGCAAAAGCUGAAAGGGCCGUCAUACUGUCCUUGGGCUAUAAACACUUUUUCACAUGGAGAAUCUAGGAUAAAAAAUUCUCAGUCAGGAAUUGAUUCUGGAAUUGGGGAAAGCAUGACAUGCACAAUGACAAGUGAGAGACUACAGACUCCACCUAAAACUUUCUCUCCUGCUUUCCAUAAUUUGAUAGAAUUGUGUUUGCAUCAGGACCGAGAACAAAGGCCAUCAGCAAGAGGCCUUUUGUCACAUGAUUUUUUCAAGCAGGUGAAAGAAGACACAAAGGGUUCAUUACUUUCUCUCUUGCCUCCUGCUAUCAAAUGUAGUCAGUCACAAAUACCAACAGUGCAUUCAGCAGCCAUCUGGAAUAAAUCUGAAUCUCCAGGGUCAGUGAAAGAACAAGAAGUCUGGUUAAUAUUACUUAAAGGCUGAGACAUUUGAAAAACAAAAAAGAUGACUUCUCACUCAUCAUUUUGUCUUUGUAGUUUUGCUUUUCUUGAGAAGAGAGAGUUCAGUCCUAAUUACAAACAGAAAAUAUAAAGGAACAGAAAAAAGGCUGCUUUCUGUGAAUAGUACUGUGAAUAAUUGAACAAAGUAAACCUAAAUUCUUGUUACCUGUACAGCAUACUUUUGGAGGUUUAAUAUUUUAUUAAUGAUUUUUCAAUAAUGUACAUUCUAUUUACUCAUGUAAAAAUAGAAGUUAGUUUUAAGUAUACAAUCUUAUUUAGCAUCGCAAGUGUCCUUUUAACUAGGAAACUACUGAAGGAAAAGUAUGUAUUGUCAAGCUAAUUAUGACAAAUUUAAUUGUAAUAAAAUAUUAUUUAACAAAGAUCAUUUGAGUGAAUGGCACCUUAUUUCAUGCUCAUCAAUAAGAGACUAUACAAUGCUAGCAUUUUUAUUUAGAAGCUCUAUUGUUUUAGGCAGAUUGUCAAGUAAGCAUGAUUAGGAUAAUACUUUAGAACAGACAUGUCAAACUUGCGACGUCAUGUGAUGUCGCGCAACGUAUCAGAGCUUUUUCGCCGUUGCCGGCAAUGGGGUGGGUGCGGCUCCAGUAUGAUGAAACCGGCCCACGGGCUGGCAGUUUAACACCCCUGCCUUAGAACUAUUUUGAGACCAGUCCCUAAUGUUGUCUGUAGAAAGAUAGUAGAAAAGCAGGUUAACCUAGAGAAAACUGCACUGUAUUUGUAAGUGGGUACUAAAGUAAAGAAUACAUAAAAAUCUAGUGAAAAACAUUUACAGUGGUUCUUUUGCUGUGUCAAGAAAUGUCUAUUUUUGUGAGGAAUAAACGUGAUGAUUUCUAAUAUAUAGUAAAGAUACUUUGAAACUAUAAACUUUAUGCUAAAUCAUGUAUUUUAUAUGGGUGAUCCUCAGUUUAUGACCUUAGCAAUUGUUCGCAGUUACAAGAAUGCCCACAAAGCUGCUUACAAUCCGAUGUUGAAGUUAUGAUGGUGCGCAUGCUCAUGAGCACACAGUCAUGUGAUAGCAUUUUGGGUGCUUAGCAACUGGCUCACUUUUUCUGCCAUUUGCCAUGUCUUGCUGUCACAUGACUAGGAUUUUUUAUGUUUUUUGCCAAUUUCUGUUGUUAUUUCAAAUUCCAGCAAAAAAAGCCCAUUAAGGAAAAUAAUAGAUUGGCUUAAAAACCAGUGCUUGUUUAACAGUUAUGGCAUCUGCUUAAUAAUUGCCAAAGAAAAUGCUUAAAAAUCAGAUCCACUCGUGAUGCUUCAACUUACAACUAUAAUUUUACAACCAUACAAACUCACUUGUAGAUAUUUUUGUCCUAAAUGGUGAUUACUGAACUUACAGCAAAAAGCUUAAAUGUUUUCAACUUCAAAUUGGAAUUAGUAUUUUUCUGUUUUCUUAUUUUAUUCAUAAUCAAUCUAGAUUGAUCAGUAUUCUUCACAUUUUUUUUCCCUAAGUGUAUCAAACUUUGUAUUAAAACACUUUUUGUGAAAAAGAACAGAUUUGGUCCUAAAGGUACACUACCAUGUCAGUUUGUAAAUACAUAAGAGUGACCAUUUUAUCACUUCAACAUGAUACACAAAUUCUUCCUUGAAGUCAUAAAUUCCUCCUUGAAGUCAUAACUGAAAACUAGUUUUUGUUCUAAAUCUAACCAUAGGUUUCAGUCACAAGCAGCUGUUUUAUCAGGAAUAACUAAACUGAUACUUCUUUGAUGAUCCCUUUCAGAAUAGGAAACAAAUUUGGUGUUCCACUUUUGGGACAUAGAGUUUCUAAAAUCUUUUCUUUCCUGAUAUUUUCUUUUCUUGUGACGUUUAGUUUUCGUGAGUUUUGAUUUAUAGGUCAGUUUAAUUCUUUUAUGGUAGUUUAAAGUCUUUUUAUGGCAUAAACUUUUAUGGAUUAAAUUCCAUCUCAUUGGAUCUUUAAAGAAUAGGCAUACAAUUUAAUCAAGAUGAGGGAAAAUAGAGGAAAGUGAAGUCAGAGAGAAAUUACAUGCAGUAAAGAAACUGCCAAUUAUAUAGAAGCAUAUAGUAAAAGUCAUUUCAGUGAACAUUAACAGGUGGUUAAUCUGUAACUGAGUCUAAGUGGUCAUUCAAACACUCCCCAUACCUUCCUAUUCAGGCAUAGCAAUUUGUAUACCACUUCAUGGUGCUGUAUAACCCUAAGCAGUUUACAAUGUGAGUAUAUUGCCCCCAGCAAUCUGAGUCCUCAUUUUACCAGUCUCAAAAGGAUGGACGGCUGUGUCAAAUUUGAGCCUCGUCAGGAUUAAAAACACCUGGCAGUGGGCAGAGUUAGCUUGCAAUAUUGCAUUCCAACCACUGCGCCACAGCAUGCUCCUGCUGAACACACCCAUCAACCCUUGGUUCUCAGACCACCAUUGCGAUUCAUUAAGAAUAGUGAGAAGAUGUGGCAGAGGGAAAGAAUGAGAGAAGCAAGCAACAAAAAUCAUCUGAAGAAUCAAGUCAUACAUGUGCUGUUCUAUGUGAUUAAUAGUGGCAUAUAUGAUGCUUUCAAAUCAGUCUUGAUUCCUGGUGAAUAUGUAGACAAGUACAUACAAUUUUCUUGACAAUAUUUUGCAGAAGUGGUUUGCCUUGCCUUCUUUCUAGGGCUGAGAGAGUGACUGGCCCAAGGUCACCCAUCUGGUUUGUAUUUAAGCCAGGACUAGACCGGUCUUCCAGUGCCUAUCCCAAUGCUUUUAACCAUUAUAUCAAAUCUAUAGAGUGACAAAUAUACCCUAGCAAAUAAUAAGUGUCUAAUUUUCUAUCUCUUUAGUUCACAUAUUUUUAGUAGAUUUUUAUCCUGCUUUUAUUACUUUAUACGUAAUUCAAGGAGGCGAAUAUACCUAACACUCCUCCCUCCUCCUUUCCCCCCACAACUAUUCUUCACAGGGUUCUUCUGGAGAAAAAGAAUAUUGGGUUAUGUUCGCCACCUUGUUUAUUUAUAAAGUAAUAAAAGCAGGGGAGAGGGAAGCAUUUAUUGGCAUGGAGUCAGAUAUAAUCAGUAUUUUGAAAAUAAUUAUACAACUUGGACUGAAUAGGUGAUGUGAAAGUCCUGGAGGUUUUUAGGAUCUGGAUGGGGAGGAAUAAGUUUAGAUAGCAAUCCUAGCCAGAUGGUUUUGAACUGGAUUUAAUUUGGAAGACCUCCAAUUCUAAGAAUAUUCCAUUUUUGAUUCUGGUCAUCAGGAGGAGAUUAUGCUUCCCUAUACUAAACUACCUCAUAGCACAGACUUGUAGCUUCUACUCAGACAGUAGGUGCGAACGUGGCCAAGGGGAUAGACGCAUAUAGUACUUUCAUCUGAUGUGCCAUAUAGACACAUUUAUAGAAGAUACUUAUGUAAUUUGCUUAAAGUCAGCAACAAUUGGAAUGGCAUGUUAUAAGGCACAUAUUACAGAAUUAAAAACCUACUAGCUUGAUUCAAAGAAUAACUGACCAAAUAAAAUUUGAUUACAAGGUUGUAAUAUAGGAGUUCCAUGUUGCAAUCUUAAUUAAACAAAAAAGUCUUGGCAUCCUGGAUCAAUGAAAAGAUUGAUAAAAGUAACUCUUUCACUAAACUCUGAACUGUUUAAAUCAACUGCAUUCAGCAGAGCAAGCCGUCUUUGCGAAGAAAUCAUGUUUCAGUCCACUCGUUGAUGAGUAUGAGUGUUGUACUCCAGUAAUUUUCAAAGGCAUCAGGCUGGGACAAAAAGCAGAAAGGCCUUUUUAUUAAAA